CAGAGAAUGAUGGCUAAGGUCUGACUCCAGAUUUCAUGAAGAUACCAGGAAAACAUCACAAAAUAUCAGCUGUUGUCGGCUUCUACUUUCCAUGAUCAGAGAUGGUGAAGUGGAAGAGACCGCGCCAAUGAUUCUAUCUUCAGGAAAUGUCAGAACAGAAAGGAGGUCUCCCGGGGACAGUAACAUCAGGACGAGAUGCCUCAGAUGUCUUAGAUUCGAGGAACGGUCGGGGUGAAGCAUCGCCUCAAAAUACCACCGCUGAACAGAACUGCACUCCUACAGUCUGAGCAGUAACCAUGGGAACGAGGAUGGAGGUGGCACAGCUUGAAAGCAGGAUGAACACGGAGGACUAUAAAAGAUUACAGAGCCUUUUCCUUAAUUCCUCUGGAGCAUCUCGCUCCUUGUCCAGAGCUGAAUUCAUAGAUCUUGCUCGGUCAUCAGUAGGCCUCGGGUCCGAAGAGGAAUACGGCCUUCUGUUUGAUGGAGUUGUUGUCACUCAGGAGCAUCGCAGCCUCCUUCUAGGGAGCAAUGGCGUGGAGGAAGAAGGACGUAUCACUUGGCAAGGCCUGGUCUCCUUUCUUCUCCUGGAGCUGUCUGACAAAGUCAAACAGAGCCGGGCCAUCAGUGGGCCUCGCUGGAAACCGCCACGCACCCUAACCUGUCCACAUCGUGAUCCUGUUCAAAAGGUGUCGUACCAGCAGAGCUCAGGCCAGUACCUGACAGUGAGCAAAGGGGGAACGGUUGUGCGGCGGGACGGAGAGAACCUGUCUGUUCUACACACACAUCGUCUCCAAAACAGCACCGUCACACCUAAAGACCUCUGGGUCACAGACAUGGUGCUUUUGAACAGUGUGCACAAGAUUGCAGUGGCUUUUACUUGUAAGGAGCUGUGUUUUUACAACGCAUCUGAACAGGACUUCAGCCUCAAGUUUAAACUUCAGGGUUUGAGGUUUGUUCCAUGGUGUUUGGACUACUGGGUGGAUCCUUCUCACCCUGACUGGGUUGUCCUCACCAUUGGAGACACUGGAGGACAGGUCAGUGCUAUAUGCUUUACUUCAGCACAGAUAUCGUUGUUUAACAGACUCAGUCUGAGGUCAGGCUCUGACUCAGGAGACAUCAUCCAGUGGGAUGAGUUGGUUAAAGGAAAACAUUGCUCCUGUUACGUCCUGACACACCAAGCACACACUCCGGCCUGGGUCAGAAGAGUUUAUUACCUGGGCUCACUUGAGGCCUUUGUGUCAUGCAGUACUAGACCAAAGAGCAGCAUGGUGAUUAGCUGGAUGGAAAAGGAAACCAGGAGCCUCAGAGUUACUACUUAUGCCACAGAGAGGGGUGUAUUGGAUGUGGAUUACCACCAUGAACUCAACCUAAUAGCCACUGCAGGUGUGGACCAUCAAGUGUUGCUGUGGAGCCCAUUUGUGACUUCUGGACCGAUGUUUGCGCUCACUGGGCACUCCAGCCCUGUCAUCGCAGUUCACUUCAUGCAGACCAAGCAACAACUGCUCAGCUACUCCAAAGAUAAGGUGCUCUGCCUGUGGGACGUGUCCAACCAGGUGUGCAUUCACCGUCUGGCUGGUGUCUUCCCAAAGACGCAGGAGGACACACGCAAUCUCCUGUUUCUUCAAGAGGAGCAUCAACACCUGCUGCUUUCACACAACAGCCAGCUUCUUUUGCUUGAGACCGUGAAGGAGGAGAAGAAAACCAGCAGCCAUGAACAUCCCAUCACCUGCGUGCUGUAUAACAAUCUGUUCAGACAGGUUGUAAGUAGCGACUGUGCCUCCUCUGUGAUCUGCUGGCUGGCUGACACAGGCCAGAAGGUCAAACAGUUUGACCGUUGCCACGGCAAUAGUGAGAUCACCACCAUGGCCCUUGACGCUACUGAGACCAGGCUGUUUACUGCAGGUGCUGACGGAGAGGUCAAAGUAUGGGACUUCAACGGCCGCUGCCUUCACAGGAUGAACGCCGGCCUGGGGCGGCCUGCGAUCAUUUUGCAGGUCUUGUUGCUGAGGAGGAGCAUAUUGACAAUGGGCUGGAAAAGGAUGUUAACAGUUUUCCAUCUUCACUCUUUCUCACGGCCAAUCGUGGAACCCUCGGAAUGGAAGGGUGGCGUUCAGCAUCACGGGGACAUUCUCUGUGCUGCAUACCAGCCUCCGCAGAGUCUUGUCACAGGGGGCUGCGAUGGAGAGAUCAUAGUGUGGAACAGCAGCACAGAAAAGGCUGUAAAGAAACUGCAGCGAUGUGAUGACCAUAAAGAUUAUAAGACUCAACAAAAGAAUCACGCUGCCAUUACAAAACUGUUUUUCAUACCAGGACGUGCGUCUGCUUCAGAUUGUGCAGAUUUGGUGUCCUGUGGCGGCAUGGGUGCGGUCAGGUUCUGGAACAUCCACCACGGCCGUCUGGUAGGACAGUUUACAGCUCACACCCGGGGCCAUGGAUUGAAUGUAAUGACGGUCAGUCCCUGUGGGAAAUAUUUAGUCACGGCUGAUAGAGUUGGAACCAUAAAGACGUGGGACAUCAAGCAUCACUGUCUCGAGCCAGAUGAAAGGCUGAAUGAAGACCUCCCAGAACUUCUGCAUCAUUUCCACCUGCACUUUGAUGAUGUGACACACUUGGAGAUUUUCAUGCAUGGCCAUAGAUGCCUGCUCCUCUCAUCAUCGUCAGACUGCAGCGUAGCUCUUAGCUACCUGAAUGGGGAGACCAUAGGCUUGUUUGGACAGGAAGACCAUUGGAGCUUGGAGAAACUGCUCUCAGGACAGAAACCAGAUCAGGAUGGGAGCAACUAUGCAGGGCAAGAAGAGCCGCUUUUAGAGGGGAAAAAUCCCUUCCAG